CGCCCCCGCACUUUCCGUAUGCUGCAAGUGAGCGCCGCGCCGGAGAAAGCCCUCCCCCUCACAUGCCACCGCGCCGCCGGUAGCUCCCAACCACCGGGGACGCGCUAGAAAACGCCUCCCUAACCGCCGCCACGCACCCACGGCCUCGCUCGCUCGCGGCCGGCCAGCCAGCCCGACCCAUAUCCGCUUAUCCGUGCACUUCGAUUCGAUCACCUACAAGCUAGGCCCGCCCGAGACGACGGCGACGAGGAAGACGAAGACGAAGACGAGAGAGAGGGUGAUGGUGGUGGGGGUGGUACUAUGUUUUAGGUAGAGCGAGCUAGCGAGCGAGCUUGUGGUUGACGUGCUUGGGCAGGGCGCGACCGCCCGGGCUGUGUUCUUGGAUAUAUAGCUUGUUGCCGUGCGUGGAUGAGAGCGGCGGCGGCUGCUGCAUUGGCGAGGAGGAGAUGGCGGAGCUGAGGUGGAGGGAGGGGCGGUUUCUUGGGGAUGACCCGUUGGGUGAUGGGCCGGCGGUAGCGGAGGCGCCGGCGGGGUCGUCACCGUCUUCGUCGUCGGCGGCGGCGAGGGUCACGCCGGCGGUGCUGUUCAUCACGGUGGUGCUGGCCGUCGUGCUGCUGGCGUCCGGCCUGCUGCACGUCCUGCGCCGGCUGUUUCUGAAGAGCCACCGCGCCAACGCCAGGGCCGAAGCGGUGGAGCGGCAGCUGCAGCAGCUGUUCAACCUCCACGAGGACGGCGCCGGGGCGGGGCCGGGGCUCGAUCAGGCCGCGAUCGAUGCCUUGCCGGCGUUCACGUACUGCGAGCUGCUUGCCGGCGCCGCGGCGAAGGGCGCCGCCGCGGGGACGAAGAGGCAGUUCGACUGCGCCGUCUGCCUCUGCGAGUUCGACGGCGAAGACCGCCUCCGGCUGCUCCCGCUCUGCGGCCACGCGUUCCACGCCGCCUGCAUCGACACCUGGCUCCGAUCCAGCUCCACCUGCCCGCUCUGCCGCGCCGCGCUCUCGGCCCGCGCCCUCGCCGCCGCCGCCGCGGCCGCCGCGGAGCAGCCCGACAUCGAGGAGCAGAAGCUGGAGCAGCAGCAGGAUGCCGCAUCCGACGAUUCCGCGAGCAGCGUCGUGCUCUCCGUCAGGCUCGGCCGGUUCAAGAACACGCAGCGCAGCGACGCCGCCGCCGCCGCCGGGGACGACGACGCCUACGCGAGCAGCACCAGCAGCUGCAUCGACGCGCGUCGAUGCUACUCCAUGGGCUCGUACCAGUACGUGCUCGCCGACGACAACCUGCAGAUAUCCGUGCAUUGGCGCCCCGGUGAUGGCAUCACCGGCAUUGGCGCCGCCGCCGCCGCGGGCGCCAAUGUCGCCACGGCGCGCACUGCAGACAAGCAGCCGGCGGCCGGCAAGAAGGUCUUCGCCCGAGGCGACAGCUUCUCGAUGUCCAAGAUCUGGCAGUGGCGCGGCGGCGACAGGAGGCUCCCCGUCCUCCACUCCGACGCCUCGCCGCCGGCGAACGACGGCUUGCCGUGGGCGACGGCGGCGACACGCACGAGGCAAGAAAGCGACACCUGACAGAUACUCCCACCAACACACACAUACACACAAAAAAGAUGUAUGCUUUCUCGUGCCUUUUGUUUUAGUGGAUAGCAAUAAGCAUUUCUUGAAUAGAGUUUUGCUGCUAAUUGAUCAUCGCCUAUGUAAUCAACACAUGUUUUUGUUCA